CGGGCGUUGUUGGGUCAGUUAUACUGCUCCCCAAGUCUAAAGCCCUUCGACUUCGUUAGAAAAACAAAAAAAAUUUCAAAGACUUUGGGAAAAUCAAAUCCCUCUCGAUCACGUUCCCAAGAGAUCGGAACUGGUGUUCGUUAUAGCAGCCAGGUCUCUAUUUUCGGGUUUGUGAAGAUGGUAUGUCACUAGUUGAUCUGUUUUUUAGCUCCCUCUUUCUCUGCUUAAAACAGCACAGGGUCAUCCUAUGUUAGUGGAGCUGAAGAAUGGAGAGACGUACAAUGGGCAUUUGGUAAAUUGCGACACUUGGAUGAACAUUCAUCUACGUGAAGUCAUCUGUACUUCGAAAGAUGGAGACAGGUUUUGGCGAAUGCCAGAAUGCUACAUCCGUGGGAAUACAAUCAAGUAUCUCCGAGUUCCAGAUGAGGUGAUUGACAAAGUCCAGGAAGAAACCAAGAGCCGUUCAGAUAGGAAGCCCCCUGGAGUGGGCCGUGGGAGAGGAAGAGGGAGAGAGGAGGGUGCCAGUGGGAGGUCAGCAAAAGGCAUUGGGCGUGGACAAGAUGAUGGAGGUGCUAAAGGCAUGGGUGGACGUGGUAAGGGUGGAGCUGGUGGCAAGGGUGGUGCUAACAGAGGUGGGGGGCGUGGCCGUGGCUAGUGGGACUGAAUUAUGCACUGAAAGGAGAAGAAUUGUCGCUUUUAAAGGCAUUUUGUUCCUUAUGUUCCAACUCCAAGGUGAAAAGAAUAGUGGUGGAUCUUUAACAAAAUCAUGUACUACAUUAAUGGUUGGAGAGAAGGAUUGCUUUAGAGCACCGGAUGUAGUAUAGGAGGAAGAAAAAGCAUGUUUCCUUGUUUGCUUUGUCUUCUUAGCUGUUUGUGUUUAAGAUCGUAUUAUAUGGAAUAACUUAAAGGACACAUUGUACCCGUCUGGUUUUUUUAUUUAUAACCAGCAAAGAUUCUGACAAUGACAAGAUCCAUUCUUGCUGCUACA